AUGACCGUCGCACAACAUCAACACCUUCCAGCACUCACCAUAGGCCAACAAGACAUGGAGUACGUCGAGAACUUCAAAUAUCUCCAAAGCAACAUCUCAAAUACUGGAGAUGUGGAGAAAGACGUACAAACCAGAAUUGGCAAAGCUGCAGGAGUCUACCAACGACUCCGGAACAUCUGGUUGUCGAAAUCCAUCACCACGGCCACAAAGCUACACCUCUAUAUGUCGGUGGACAUCCCUACAGCGACCUACGCCUGUGAGACGUGGACGAAGACAGCCAGCAUCACCAACAUGUUGGAUGUCUUCUAUCGAUGGUGCCUCAGAUCCAUCCUAAAGAUCUCAUGGAGAGACCACAUCACCGAUGAAGAGAUGAUGUGA